AACAUCUGAGCGAAGCCCCCCGGAAACGACAUCAGCCUCCACUAGCAACAGUGUCAAAGCGUUCCAUGGUUUCAGACCGAAAAUCAAAACAACACACGACAGUCUUAUUUCACGAACGAAAUAAUCGCCGUAUUCUAAACUUGUACUGCAACGGGACCUUGGUUUUCCACGGGACCUACGGGCGGCCCAAACACAGAGGAGCGCGAAUGAUGGCGAAUUACCGGGCGUUUCACAGCCAGCUCGCGACCAUCAUGGAGACGCUGACUCGUGCGGCGGUGGCAGAGAUCUGCGAGCUCGUUGACGACGGCUACGCGGUUUUACACAUCGAGAUCUCACGCCACCAGAAAGAGAACGAGGAGCUCCGACGGAAACUGCAGCUCAUAGAGUCCAUCAUCGCGGCGCGGGGGUACAGCGACGAGACACCCGUGGCGCGCGACGGUCGGUGUGAUGGUAACGUGAGUACUCGCGAGUCGCUAGUGGGCAGAAAAACGCAAGAAGGCGGAGAGUCCACCAGCCGACGUACAAUGGCAGAGAUGCGUGAGCUUCGCGAGGAGGGAGAGUUGAUCCAAAUGCAGAUCAAAGAGGAAGGUCUCGAGCAGCCGCCGCUGGGAGAUGAUGACGAUGAUGAGGAUGAAGGUGAAAGUGUUUCAGCAGUAACUCACGACUCUCCGAAACCAGAUGUUGCAGAACUCUCGGGGCAGGAAUCUCACACACACUCACACUCCCCUGAUCAUGACACGCACUCUCACACACUCAUGUUUGCAGACACACACUCCGGCGCUGAUGAGUCCCAGCACUCCAGCGUCGACUUGGCUUCUUCAGAUAAUGCUUCCUUCUCCCUCGCACAAACCUCGUCAGAUACCCGUGCUUCCCAAGUCCCUCGAGUGUUUCAGGAAGACUUGUGCUUGAAGGCUGAUAUGGAUCUGGUAUCUGACUGGGCCACACACUCUGUCCGUAACACGCUCACACACUUGCAGAGCUCUCCACAGAGGGUUGGUGGGUCAGACUCUCUCGUAUCCCAUAAUUCUCCCUUGUUUGCAGCACAGCGGCUCGUUGCUCUGGGUAACGUCUCAGGACUGGGUCUCUAUGGCCGGAUGGGCGCUUUACGGACAGGUGGAGCCGGCAAGCGACACUUCAUCUGCUCGAUCUGCGGCAAGAGUUUCACCACGUCGCAGAGUUUGGACACACACAUGCGCAUUCACACUGGAGAACGACCGUACCGCUGUGAGCAGUGCGGGAAACGCUUCACACAGUCCGGACACCUCACGGCUCACCAGACUGUCCACACCGGAGAAAGACCAUACGAAUGCACCCGCUGUGGAAAACGAUUCGCAGGGAAACAGUACCUCCGCAUACACACCAAGAAACACCAUCCUGACUUGCAUGCACUUUCCCAUAUACAGACUCACACACUGCAGGACACACUUCCCUGAAAGAUGCACAGGCUCACAACAGAGAAUGCAGGACACCAUCUUUGAUGUUUGUUUAAUAUAUUUUAUAUGUUCCAAGUGUUCUUUUGCAGUGUUCCGGCACUUAUUUUAACAGGUAAUUAUGCAGAAACUAAAGCAGUGAAAUGCAUUAUGUUUACAUACUGCAGGGAGACCAUAUGAAAGCCAACAUUAGAAAGCUGGUUUGAGCACAUUCAGAUUCUGAUACCUUCAAUAUGAAAUACUCAGUUUCCCCUGAAUAGCAAAUGUACAUAAAAUGGAUAAUGUGUUGUUUGAGGAGUUUGUUAUGAUCUAAAUUAGAUAUAAUUUUUAGAUUAUACAUUUACAGCUAUUCACAGCAAAAACACUAACUGGAUUUGUCUGUGUUGUAUUUAAUAGAAAUAAAUGGUUUAUU